AUUCUCAGCUUUCAUUUAUUCCUACACAAAAGGAAGAGGAUUGUCAAAGAUUUUUUUCAACAAACACGUUUGGUUUUGUUGAAGUAUCAUAAUAUGGCAACGAUAGAUAAAAGUAUUCCUGACCAUUUUCGUGGUGUAUUAUGUCGAGGGAUCAAAAACUAUACGGUGGAAGAAGAAAUUGCUUCAAAGGACACGCUGUUUGAAGGUCGUUCAAAGGAAGAACUCUUACCUGGAGAAGUACUGAUACGAGUCACCCGUUGUGGAAUCUGUGCAGGAGACGCAAAAUGCUGGAGUGGUGCUCCCAUGUUUUGGGGUGAUGAAACCAGAAAGCCUUAUGUACAAACUCCAGUAAUACCAGGUCACGAGUUUGUUGGAGAAGUUAUUGCUAUUGGUGACAGGGAAGAGAAAAGUCAAGUCAAAGUGGGAGAUCAAGUAACUGCUGAACAAAUUGUAGCUUGUGGCCGUUGUUUGUAUUGUCGAAAGGGUCUUCGUUGGUUGUGUGCUCCUCACGACAUAUUUGGUUUUCAUCGUUGUGUACACGGCGGUAUGGGACAAUACAUGCGGUUUCCACAAAAUAGUAUCAUUUAUAAUAUUCCAAAAAAAGUAUUCCCAUCAGAAGCAGUUUAUAUAGAACCUCUAAGUUGUGGUGUUCAUGGAGCUCAUAGAGGUCGUAUCGAAUUGGGUGACACAGUAGUUGUCAGUGGUUGUGGUCCAAUUGGCUUAGGAAUGGUUGCAGCCGCUAAAUUAGCUGGUCCAGGUCGCCUGAUCGCUUUGGAUUGUAUGGACUCUAGGCUAGAUAUUGCUAGAGAAUGUGGAGCGGAUAUCGUGUUGAAUCCUCUCAAGACCAACGUAAUAAACGAUAUUCAAGAGUUGACAGAUGGAUAUGGAUGUGAUGUUUAUUUGGAAGCUACUGGAAACCCUAAAAGUGUAGAACAAGGUCUCUAUAUGAUUCGGAAAAAUGGAAGAUUUGUGGAGUUUAGUGUUUUCAAAGAUAAGACUUCUGUUGAUUGGACUAUAAUUGGAGAUACAAAGGAGUUGGAUAUUUUGGGAGCACAUUGCAGUGGAGAUAACGGAUAUAAAGUGGCUAUUGAUAUGAUUCUUCGUCGACAGAUUCCUGUUGAACGUAUUGUUACUCAUGAAUUGAGUUUAGACAAUAUUAUUCAAGGUAUUCAGUAUGUCAACGAAGGAAAGAAUUCUAUCAAAGUGGCAGUUGACCCUACAAAAUAAUUUACUAUCCAAUAAAUUCCGAAUGUGUUGUUUUAUAAAAGUAGACAAGUGGAC